ACGGACUCUAGGUGUUGUAACACAAUAACAAGUGCGUCACGGAGGCUAUCGUUUUGUCAACGCACUUUUACCCUCAACAAAAUUAGUAGAUAGACGUAAAAAUGUCUAUAUUUACACCGACAAACCAAAUCCGACUGACAAAUGUGGCAGUGGUGCGGAUGAAGAAAGGAGGCAAACGCUUCGAAAUCGCCUGUUAUAAGAAUAAAGUAGUCAGCUGGCGCUCCGGAGCAGAGAAAGAUCUGGAUGAGGUUUUGCAGACCAACUCAGUUUUCGUUAAUGUCUCCAAAGGGCAGGUGGCCAAAAAGGAGGACUUGUGUAAAGCUUUUGGCACAGAUGACCUGAAUGAAAUCUGUAAACAGAUCCUGGCCAAAGGGGAUCUCCAGGUGUCUGACAAGGAGCGACAGAGUCAGCUGGAGACCACGUUCAGAGACAUCGCCACCAUCGUGGCCGAAAAGUGCGUCAACCCCGACACCAAGAGGCCGUACACGGUCAGCCUGAUUGAGCGCGGAAUGAAGGACAUCCACUAUUCGGUCAAAGCCAACAAGAGCUCCAAGCAGCAGGCCUUGGAGGUGAUCCGGCAGCUGAAGGAGACCAUGCAGAUCCAGCGGGCCCACAUGAAGUUGCGGAUUCUGCUGCCUGGCAAAGAGGCUAAGCGGCUCAAGGAGAAAGUCAAACCUCUCCUGCAGGUCGUAGAGAGCGAAGAUUUUGAAGAGAACCUCGAAAUUGUGUGUCUGGUGGAUCCCGGCUGCUACAGGGAGCUGGGUGAGAUGAUUCGCUGCGAGACCAAAGGGAAAGGCUCGGUGGAGGUGAUCAGCCUGAAGGAUGUGGAGGAGGGUGAUGAGAAGCUUUAGGGAAUCACUAACACUUUCAAAAGAUGUUGGGAACUAAUUAAGUCAAAAUUAAAAACUCAACUGCUCCUUUAUGCUAAAAGCACACUCUUUGGGAAUCUCUGCUUUGCAGCAAUUUAUUUUUUAUUUUUUGCACACAAAUAUUAAAUGCAAAUGUGUAUUUAA